GAGCCAGACGUCGUCUUUGUCUUGCAGUGGGAUUCUAAUCCGACGGUUUCUACAUCUUUAGUCAUUCUGAUUUUUGGAUUAGACAAAAAUGAUUCGACUUCGCGUAUUCUAUCAAAAUCCUCCCCGUAACGUAUCUUUUUACCGAUUUUCGUUUUCAACAUUUUGUUUUGAUUUUUUUGCCUGCGCCCGCUUGCCUUAUCGUGUUUCCUUCAUUCCCCGCCAAUGAAGAACAAAUCGGAGCGCAGCGUCGUCUUUAAGUUCCACUCUCCCUCUCCCUUAUGACGAUUAUCCCUCUUCCCUCCGUCGCCCUUCCCGUCAUUUUCGUUGCUCUCUACUUCCUUUCGUCUGUAGCUGAUGGGCUCGGCUCAGCCUCCACCGUCGCCGUCAUCUACGGCUCCGACACCGUUUGCGGGAUCGUCGCCAGAGAACCUACGCAGAGAAUUGAAUGCUUUAAUGGAGGUGCAAAUAUCUCUAUCGGGCCGAACGUAUCUUUCACAGCCAUCUCUGGCGGUCGUAAUUUCUUUUGCGGGCUGAGGUCCGGAGGGAACAGUCUGCUCUGUUGGAAUAGGGAUUUUGUACCCAAAAGGGUCUACUACAACGAUGCGCUCAAGUUGAAGGAUGUCUCGGUGGGCGAUGACCACGUCUGCGCGUUGGUGGAUGGAACCGGAGUUGUCAAGUGCUGGAGAGGGGAGAGAAACAAUUUUCCGACACCAGGGGCAGGUGAAGGUUUUCUCUCCAUUACGUCAGGGCGAGGAUUUUCUUGUGGUAUUUUGAACACAAGUCGUACAGUUAAGUGUUGGGGUACCAGACAAAUUCGGCAGGAGAUACAGGCUCAGUUUGGAAAUGUCUCUAUGGCCAGCUUAAUUGCUGGUGAUUCUCAUGUUUGUGGUACUACGAACUCAAGUGGUGUUUUGAUUUGCAGAGGGAGUAACAAUUCUCGGCAGUUGGAUGUUCCCUCAAGUUCACCAUUUGAGUUUUCGAGUCUGGCGCUAGGAUUGAAUCAUAGCUGUGCGCUUCGACAACCGAAUAAAUCGGUGGUUUGUUGGGGAGGAGGGGGAGAAUUUUCGAACAACGUCACAGAUGGCGUUUCUUUCGAGUUGAUUGUCGCUGGUACAGAGUUUACUUGCGGUUUGGUGACGAGGAAUUUUUCUCUCUUUUGCUGGGGACCUGGAUUGCCUGGCAACAGAAGUACUUCCGCCGUGGAUCUUCCAUUGUCAAAUAUUCUUCCGGGCCCGUGUGUUCAGGACUGCUCUUGUGGUAUAUAUGGUGAUUCGCAGGGUCUUUGCUCCGGUUCCGGGAAUAUCUGUAAGCCAUGCGAUGGCCUACCACCACCACCAGCUCUGCUGCUGCCGCUGCCACCGCCGCCGCCAGCGCAGCAGUCACAGUCGAAAAAGACGAGCAAGGGUUUAUUGGCUUUUGCCGUUAUAGGAUCAGUUGGGAUCUUUUUGGGAGCAUGUACUCUUAUCUACAGCUUGUGGGCUGGAAUAUGCUGUUGCCAGCAGAAGAAAGUCCAUAAUUCCGUUCAACCCACCAUAACCGGAGGCAAUGCUAAUGCUGGCACGCCAGCAAGCAGUGGUCCAUUGAGCGCUCUGUCGAGAUCAUCCACCAUCAGGCGGCAGGGCUCCCGAGCAAUUAUGCGGCAGAGUUCCCGAGCGAUUAUGCGGCAGAGGAGUGGGACCUCUUCGAAGCACGCGGACAGGGCCGAGGAGUUCACCCUAUCGGAGCUUGCAGCGGCCACCGACGGCUUCUCGUCGGAGAAUAAGAUUGGAAAGGGUAGCUUCGGGAUUGUGUACAGGGGGAAGCUGGUGGAUGGACGUGAGGUGGCAGUUAAAAGGGGAGAGACGUCCCGCAAGUUGAAGAAAUUGCAGGAGAAGGAAACCGCAUUCGAUUCGGAACUAGCCUUCUUGUCCCGUCUUCACCACAAGCAUCUAGUUGGUCUGGUGGGCUUCUGCGAAGAAAGAGACGAGAGGCUUUUGGUGUACGAGUAUAUGAAGAAUGGCGCACUCUACGAUCAUCUACAUUCCGAGAGCAAUAUAGAAAAGAGCAGCAGUAUUUUGAACUCGUGGAGGAUGAGGAUCAAAAUCGCACUAGACGCCGCGAGGGGAAUCGAGUAUCUUCAUGACUACGCCGUGCCGCCGAUAAUUCACAGAGACAUAAAGUCGUCAAACAUUUUGCUGGACGGAAAUUGGACGGCCAGGGUUUCGGAUUUUGGGUUAUCGUUAAUGGGGCCAGAGACGAAUGGGGAGUACAUGCACAUGAAAGCAGCAGGAACGGUUGGGUACAUUGACCCCGAGUAUUACGGUCUGAACGUUCUGACGCCGAAGAGCGAUGUGUAUGGGAUGGGAGUGGUGUUGCUGGAGCUGCUAACGGGGAAGACAGCUCUAUUCAAGGAGGACGAGGAGGGAGGACCGAUUAGUAUGGUGGAUUUUGCGGUACCCAUGAUUAACGGGGGAGAGUUGCAGAGGGUGUUAGAUAGGAGGGUGGGAGUGCCGGAGGCGAACGAGGCGGAGGCAGUGGAGCUAACUGCACGAGUGGCGGUGAAGUGCGUGGGCUUAGAGGGAAGGGAUCGGCCUACGAUGGCAGACAUUGUGACUAAUUUGGAGAGUGCAUUAAGUCUGAUGGAUCAUUACGGUGAUGAUAGCCAUUCUAGUGCGAGUGCCACAUUCUCAAUUGUUCCCGAAUCAGAUUGAAUGUUAUUGAUUUUCGACGCUGGUUGCAAAUU